GCUGCCACGGUACCCUCCUCCCCCACACCAGCCAGCCCCCAUCCUCCCCGACUCCCGCCCCCAACCGCCAUCCUCCCCCCGGCUCCGGUAGUCGCCCCACCUGUUCCUACCGCGGGUCUGACGGCACGGAUCCGGCCGGCGUGGUUGGGCGGCGAGACUCACCGGGGUGGGCCUCCUCCGCCUUUGGCCCUCGACAACAUUUGUGGGGAGUUCCUGCUCGCCGUUUGGUGGCACCAUCUGCGCCCCCUCUAGAAGUUCGACAGGCACGCGUGCCUCAGUUCCACGACGACGAGCCAGGCAGCCGGCCUCUUCGUGACCUGCUGGCAUUCCCCCUCUCGCGCUGGCGGACUGAUGAUGGGAGAGCCAGCUUUAUCGCUAAACCGGCUUCUGCUGCCUGCUGGUACCAUUGCUGGUCUCGGUGCCCUCCCUGCUCGCCCAUGGCAGCGCAAGUUCAUCCUCUAGCAGUUGAAUUUCUAUUUGUUUCUUACUUCUGGUGAAGUAGGUGAGCUGAUUUUGUGGCCACUUCUAUUGGUUUGUGCAUCGCUAGAGGAGGACUUGGUGCUGAGGAAUGGAGCGCAAGUAAUGAUGCUCCUUCCAUUUAUCUUAGGUGUCUGGACAUGUACCUGUUUAACUGAAAUGAGGUUCUUAUGAUCGUGUUUAUUGUUAACUUAUUUAGAAAAGCAAUUAAGUUAUAUCAGGAGGGGAAAGCAAUUAACUUAUUCAAACAUAAUUGCAUCAGUUCAGACUCGGAGAGGGUGUAAGUGCAGAAGAAAAAUUGGUAGCACUAAAGGUUCAUGAUUGAAAAAGUUCGCCUGCAACUGCUAGUUCAACUCCUGGGUCUGUGUUAAUGUUGCCCAUGUGAAGUUCGAUGUGAUUUGGUUGGACAGGAAGGGAGAAACAACAUGGACAGUACGGGGCUGCUGAUGAAGAACGUGUUGCUAACUAGCUCUAUAAAUGGUCUCUAAUCCAAAGUAUUUUAAUUUAUCUGCACUCUAGCUUGGCUUGCUAUAAAAAGAUGAAAUAUAAGAUCUCAUUGUGCUAAAACUUAGUAGAACCAUGCAAGACGAACGAGAAAGUGUACUGAAAAAAGUUUGAUUUUUAUUAUAGAGGAGGCCACUACUCCCUAGCGCUUUGAUUUUCCUUUCUUUUAAUUUUGGACAGUUCGGCUUGUUCUCCCACAUGGUAGUAGACAUGUAUCAUUCCGCACAAUGAUGCUUUAGCUAGCUCAUUUUGUCCUGUGAGAUUUUUUUCCUCAGUUCAUAUGCUAAUUUUCUGGAGGUUCACAACGUCUCAGUGGUUCGAUUUGUUGUUUGUUGAAAUUCUGCUUCAACUUCUGUCACGCUUAUUUGCUUAUGACAUGAUGUGUAUAUAUAUACUGUUAGAAGUUCUAGUACAUAUAUUACAAAAAUUCACUGAUAAAAAAUGUAUCAUUUCAUUAUGUGUAGCACAUGUUUAACACAUAUAAUUACGAAAUAGUUACUUGAACUAUAUAAGAGUUAAGCUUUUACUUGAUUUUCAGUUCAAAUUUUGCGUUCUUUUCAGUACAUCAACUUUAAUGUGCAGAACAUCGAGGAAAUCCUGAAAAAUUAUAUGUGCACAUGAUAGUCACUGCUGUUUAUUUAGCCAGUUUGGUAGUACAUGAUAGUGGAUGUCUCAAAAGUAUUUGUAUGGAAUUAGGUGCGGUGUACAGUCACUAUUGCUCCAUUUCAUGUGUGAAAAAAACUACCUUUUGUGCAUGUCAUCUGUUUGUGGAAUAUUUCUGAGGGAGGACACAAACAGUAUACAUAUAUAUAAUGUCAGUACUUAAUAAGAAGAACAAAAGUUCAAUCUCAAAACUUUAAAAAGUUCAGUACAUCAAGGUUCAGAAAUCUUGCUCAGGAAGUACCUCGAUUGACCCUAAUUUUGAGCUACCAGGACACAUCAUGGUCUUUAGCUAUCACAUCUCAUUUUUCAUUUAUAUUUUCAGAUCCUAAGGAGUUGUUGCUGUCGCUGGUCAUUGCUGUCGGAGCUGCAGCGUGUCGACAAGAUCCUGCAGAGCCAUGAGUUGUGUAUCCGGCAAGCCGGCUGCCGGUCGGGGUUCCACAAACGAAACAAGUGGGAGCGGCCGCAUUGAGACUGAGGGAGACGCGCACAUGCCAUUAUCACACAUGCUAGAUCCCCCGUGUAGAAGUCUUGAAUUCUUUGAACACGAGGGAGAUUGGACGGGCUACAGAUUGGCGAUGUUAAAUACUCUCCCUCUCAAAGAAGUUCGACCUCGACGUGUGUGGCAGUCCCACGAGGAGGAGCGUGGUCUAUGCAUCAUGAAAUCGAGUAGUUGGUUCCCGAGCGAGUUCCCACUUCUGAAGAUGGGCUUCCAUGUGGAGGAGGUGUGGAACGUAAUCUGCAUGGAGAUCCUGAUGAAGUACGAUGACGGCGACAUGGUGCGGGUGGACCUCAUGGAGUUCGGCCGGGCUGGUGGCGGUGGGUGCUGGACGCGGAUGCACAAGUUGUGCGGCUCCAUCUGCCACCUCGACUCCGACCACCGCUUCCUCCCGCUCCUCAUGCUUCCGACCAGGCCGCUGCUAGGUGUUGCUGCUCCAUCCUGCGGCAACCUAGCGAUGCCGUGGCUUGUUAGCUGCUACUUUUUGUUGCUGCUGCGAGGCAAUGUGAUCUAAGGAAGAAAGAUUAACUCAUGUUGUUAUGAUGUUUCAGAAAUUUAAAGAAUUUGGGGAAGAAAAAUGAUGCUUUUUCAGCUACUCACGUGAGUUGCAUUUGAGCCCUCGCUAUUGUCAGAAUGUCAAAGCUAGUGUAACCCUUAUUGAGUUGCC